GGGGCGCGAGUCGGAGGAGCCGGUCCUGUGCGCUGCGCCCCACCCUCAGUCCCUCGGCCGCCCAAGCCUCUCGCCUCCUGGGCCGGGGUCUCUGGAAGUUGGGUCCCUGGUUCACCUUGGACCGCGCUCCACGGCCACAGUGGGAUGCUCCGCGACUGGCAGCGCCAUCGCUACCCCGCUCGGUCCUCGCCGGGUCCUGCAAGGGUCUCUGGGCCGGGCUUCCUGCAACUCUCUGCACAUUCUCUGGGACUCAGAACGGGAGCCUACUGGGGAGACCUUUCCAGCCUCCUCUGUGCCUCUUCCCCAUCAGCCAGAACGAAUGAUUGCCCAGAAAUGCUAGGAUCUAUAGGAAAGCUAAGCUCUCUCGGUUUCGCACCUCACCCCCCCAAUACCAAAAGAACCAUCGAGGGAUGGGGAGAGUCCUCCAAAGCGCCUCAGGUCUCAGCUGUGGACAGGGCCAGCAGUCGGUGCAUUUGUCCCCCUCAGGCCACCCACCUGGGGGAGACAGUGUGGUCCGCACCUCUGUAACUGGGGAAACUGAGACCAGAAAUGUCCUUCCGCAAAGUGGUGCGGCAGAGCAAAUUUCGGCAUGUGUUUGGGCAGCCGGUCAAGAAUGACCAGUGCUAUGAAGACAUCCGAGUGUCCCGUGUUACCUGGGACAGCACUUUCUGCGCAGUCAACCCUAAGUUCCUGGCAGUGAUUGUGGAGGCCAGCGGUGGGGGCGCCUUCCUGGUGCUUCCCCUAAGCAAGACGGGCCGCAUUGACAAAGCCUACCCCACAGUAUGUGGGCACACUGGACCUGUCCUGGACAUUGACUGGUGUCCCCACAAUGACGAAGUCAUCGCCAGUGGCUCAGAGGACUGCACAGUCAUGGUAUGGCAGAUCCCAGAAAACGGGCUGACAUCCCCACUGACAGAGCCAGUAGUGGUGCUAGAGGGACACACCAAACGCGUGGGCAUCGUUACCUGGCACCCUACGGCCCGAAACGUGCUGCUCAGUGCAGGCUGUGACAAUGUGGUGCUCAUCUGGAAUGUGGGCACCGCAGAGGAGCUGUAUCGCCUGGACAGCUUGCACCCCGACCUCAUCUACAACGUCAGCUGGAACCACAAUGGCAGCCUCUUCUGCUCCGCGUGCAAGGACAAGAACGUGCGCAUCGUCGACCCCCGCCGGGGCACUCUGGUUGCAGAGCGAGAGAAGGCUCACGAGGGGGCCCGGCCCAUGCGGGCCAUCUUCCUUGCAGAUGGCAAGGUGUUCACCACAGGCUUCAGCCGAAUGAGCGAGAGGCAGCUGGCACUCUGGGACCCAGAAAACCUUAAGGAGCCCAUGGCCCUGCAGGAGUUAGAUUCAAGCAAUGGAGCCUUACUGCCCUUCUAUGACCCUGACACCAGCGUGGUCUACGUCUGCGGCAAGGGUGACUCCAGCAUCCGGUACUUUGAGAUCACUGACGAGCCCCCCUAUAUCCACUUCCUGAACACAUUCACCAGCAAGGAGCCCCAGAGGGGCAUGGGCAGCAUGCCCAAGAGGGGCCUGGAGGUCAGCAAGUGUGAGAUCGCCCGGUUCUACAAACUGCACGAGCGCAAGUGUGAGCCUAUUGUCAUGACUGUGCCAAGAAAGUCUGACCUCUUCCAGGAUGAUCUGUACCCUGACACAGCUGGCCCUGAGGCGGCCCUGGAGGCAGAGGAGUGGGUGAGCGGCCGAGACGCUGACCCCAUCCUGAUUUCACUGCGGGAGGCCUAUGUGCCCAGCAAACAGCGAGACCUGAAGGUCAGCCGGCGCAAUGUGCUAUCCGACAGCCGACCAGCCAGCUGCACCCGCCCCGGGACAGCCACAUCCACAGUCGUCACCGGUGAUGCUGCACCCAGCGGCAGCCUCACUGGGACUGGGGAAGCUGGAAAGCUGGAAGAGGUGAUGCAGGAGCUUCGGGCACUGCGGGCGCUGGUCAAGGAGCAGGGGGAGCGCAUUGGGCGCCUGGAAGAGCAGCUGGGCCGCCUGGAGAAUGGGGACACCUAGGACCACCACCCAGACCUGCUCCCCACACUGCCACCUCCUUCACCCCCUUCUCACUUAGCUUCUGCUGGCAGGCCACACAAGGCUUUGACUGCCCAGGACCUCUGGGGCACCACUUGGCUUUUGUCAUUAUUACCAUGGAGGAAUUUUGUACCAAGGCAAGCUCGCUUGUACUCUAAGGGACCAUCUCCCCUGCCUGCCCAGCCGUCUGCCUGCUCUCCAGAGGAAGUGGCAGGGAUGGGCUCUAUAUUUUCAUUCCAAAUAAAA